UGGUAUUUAAUACUGCACCCCUUACCUCGGCUACGUCCCACUUCUGUUGAAAUUCCAAAAUAUCCGAGGGCACUUGAAGGCAGCAUCAGUUAGAAGUUGAGCGGCAGCGCGUCUCCUCCUCGGACAUACAGACAAAGUCAAGACAAACAAACAUGAUACGUCUCGGGAUGGAAAUCAAAGUGAGUUUAGCCGUGACGACUCUACUACUUUGCCUGUUUUCAGUCAGAGGUAAGUCCUUUUUCUCCACCUAAACGUAUCAAAUCUGCUGACAGUCUGUUUAUGUCUGUGUGGCAGAGCAGCCGGUCUUAUUCACAGACUGUAGUUAGCAUAUAAAAGUAGCUUCUUAAUGCCUCUUGUUUUUUGUUUUGCCUCUUAUUCCAAAAAAUAUAACUAAACAUUAUUCGCUUUUUCCAUGUGAGUCACAAGGGGACUUUGACACUGAACGGUGCCACAAAGUUAUUUUUUUCAUUUUCAUUUUCCUGUCUCAUACGGACCCAUUUUUCCUGGAGUGAGUCAGUGCCUCUUAGCUUGGUAGUGAGAUAGGUUUAAGUAAUAAUGUGCUACAACAUGAGUUUUUUUAUUGAACAGUUUUUACAUAAUAAUCACAUUUAUAUAACGUGACCAUUCUCAUUAUUUUAUAGCAAUAAAUCACCUCUAAAAUGACCAAAACAUUCAGAGUUUAGUCAAGUCUGUCAUCACACGAUACCACCUCAUUAUUGUCAUGGUAGAAUUGGCUAUUAAAUGUGAGACAACCCUGUUAUUUCAUGUGAGACUAUGUUAUUAUGAGUUCUAUUUUUCAAAGAGGUUGUAAAAUGCUGGUUUGCAAAAGAUAUGUUGCUCACGGAGAUGGCUAAGCAGUAGCUGAUGUUUUUUUCCUGCUGAGUGUCACCCACUGUAAAAAGCAGUUUGUGUAACUUGAUAUUAAUGUAUCUGUAGGGAGUAGACAGAGGAUUUGUACCAUUAUAGUUUUGCUUGUUUUGUAAAGCAUCACUGCCCCCUAUGGAAGCCUUUGCGGUCAAACUAAGAGGUGAUGCAGAUGGAGUAAAACAACAACACCAUCUGUGCAGCAGUCUGGAGCCAACACAAGCCAGCUGUCCACUCACCUAGCUAUCCUAAGUUCAACCUGGGAAAAUGCCUGCCAUCCGCACGUGAAUCUGAAGACAUAAAAUGGGCAUUACCGCCUUUGCUAUAUGAUGCUAGGGUGUCUUUACCAUCUGAUCUUUGUCCAGUCAGGGGACCUAUUUAUUGCCCACUUCUACUCACCUGUCUAUAGUUCAGGUGUGCCAUGUGUCCUCAGCCACACCUGAGCUGCUAUGCUGUCAUGUUGUGUAACUGCUCAGUCCUGAAAGAGCUUCAGGUAUCUGUGCAACCUGGCUAAUCCUGCAAGCUCUUAAUCCUGCACAGAGACACAUUGUGUUGUCUCUUGUUGACUACUGUAGUAUUGGGGGUUUUAUUGUUUAAAAAUGUGUAAAAAAGUUCCAUAAGUAUGAGGUGAGGUCCAGAAGAGGUGGUGUUUUGUAUUAUUUUCAAGGCCCCACCUCUUUUAUUUCCAGUAUUUGGUUUAAGUGGAAACACUUGCAGUCCUCCAAUUUUCUGUCAUACAGACUCUGUUACUUGAAAACAAGGAUGCAACCCAUUUUAACUCAAAUUCUUCAUAUUUAUUGAAUCAUAGUAUUGAUGAUCUCCAUUCAACAAUGUUAAUCUCUUCCCCUGUCACAUUAACUAGCUUUUUUCCUUUUGUAUAAAUGACUCCAUCGGCAGAGCCAGUCUACUAAGUUCUCACAGGUUUCAUGACAACAGUGAGAUACUCUAUGUACCUAAGAGUUUCAGCUACAGAAUCUGAAAAAAGCACGCACACAUACUCAGUGUUCGUUUUUUGGCAUCAUAACUGUGAAACUAAAGAAAAAGUCUGUUAUGUCACUUUUUUUUUCUUUUUUUUUUUAAUUGACACAAUAGAUAAACUCCAGUACAAACACUCACUCAGGCCUUAUGCCAGAUGGGUGCAGACUGUGACGUGGCCUCUUAUGAGUCAACACACAUGUAAAAACAAACCCCACAGAGUAUGAUAUAUGAUUUUGUCACUUCAAAUGCUUAACCGUGUGACUCAUAAACUUGUGCCACUCCCACUAAAUGUCUCUACCAUUAUUUUCCUGAUCCACUCAGGACCUGUGAGUCAGCAAUGUGGUUUCUGUUGCCAAAACUGCAACUUUUGCUGUUGUUACAAAUGUUCAGGCCCAACUUUCACUGUAGAGAUUUGCCCCAUUGAUUCUGAUGACUGUUGAAACUCUGUGUACUUGCAAAGCAUCAGGAAUGUUGCACUCAGGUAUUAAAGGUCCUGGUAAAGCCACCAGAAUCGCUUUCAUGGCUACAAAUGUUAAGCAGGAAACCCACGUGUCAAACCUAUAGGUGGAGAAGUUUAGAGAAUUAGCAAUUUGCUAGAGUGGAGGCGUUGAACUGGAAUUGAAUAUGGUAAAAGGAUCUUUCUGUCCUCUGUAGAUUUCACCAGCAGUGUUUUAGAGACUUCUCAUGUAACGCUGAAAUACUUUGACAGUUUCUAAUGUUUACAUCGAUCAAUUUAUUGACUUGUUGCAAAGAGUAAUGGACAGUUUUAUCAAUAUGAAAAUUAAAGUUGAAGCCCUAUUCUUACAUUGUUUUGUUAGUGAAAUUCCUCUAAAUGCCAAUGCCAAUAAAGUGUUAUAAUACGUUGCUAGAAGGCAUGUUUUCAGUGUUUCUCAGAGAUAGUUUUGAGAUGAGUUUCUGACCUUUACAUAGUUCAUGCCUGAAUCUACAUAAUGGUCCUGAGGCUACCACACUGAGCUCAUCCUUCUCCCAGAAUGACUUUAGAUUCAUUCCACAGACUGAGUAGGAGCUGAUCUGUUGACCUGUGGCUUAAACUUUAAGGGUUAAAAGGGCAACAGCUACAGCAUAACAAGAUCAGGAGGCCAAGAGUUUCACACACAAGACACUGUGAGGGUUUCAAAACAACAACAUGUGCUGUUGUCUCACUGCAGUCUGUAGUAGAUGGUCUCAUACAGAUUCACGAGGGAAAUAAGCUGCCACCGUACUACAAAGUCGGUCAAAUACUAAUGUCUAAGUAGUCGUAGUUGCCAUUCUUGCACUGUGCUGUGGUUCUAUAUCUUCUACUCACUUUUUUAAUGUCUUUUUGCUCAGGUGAAUAUUGUAAGGUGAAUCUGUGCCAUAACGGAGGAACAUGUGUGACGGGAGUUGGAGAUGAUCCAUUCAUCUGCAUCUGUGCAGAUAGCUUCGCUGGAGACACCUGCAACCUGACAGAGACAGGUACAGCUGAGGGAAACCUUUUUAUAAGUGAAAGGAAAACUAGUUUAUUGUUUGAUUAACCCAUCCAUCAUCCUCUUCUUUCUUUCUGUCUUUCUUUCAGGACCCUGCAGCCCAAACCCCUGCAAGAACGAUGGAUCUUGUGAGGUCAUUUCUCCCACAAGACGAGGAGAUGUUUUCAAUGAGUACAUCUGCAAAUGCCAGCCAGGCUUCGAGGGAGCGCACUGCCAGACUAGUAUGUAGCCUACAGAUGCAAUUUAUGUGCAAUAGCUGUAUCCCUUGUUUGGUAUAGCUGCACAGUAACACCUUUUGUCCUCUAUUCAUUUCUUUAAAUCACACCUCAAAGAAAUCUGAUAAGCUUUUAUUUAAUUUAUUUUAAUUUCACUGUUUGGAAACCUCUCCUUCUGCGUUCCAAAAUUACAAUUAUGACAUCAAAAUCCCCCCAAAAAUGAUACGUAAAACCCAAGACAAAUAAUGAUAAAAAUAUUUGUAACAACUUUGAUAUUUGAAUGAGAAAUACAAGGUAUAAUUUGAGUCAACAUUGAUGAACCUUUAGGAAUCAUUACAUCAAGCACUCAAAGUACCCUCAUACCUUUAUAGUCAAUAAAACACUUGAUAAAGCAUAAAAUAGCAAUGGUUCUGCUGAAAUAAUGAUGUGUUGAUGUUUAGAGAUUUUAUGGUUUAGAAGACAGCCAAGCUGCUGAGAACAAAACACUAACUUUGGUUGAGUCCUGAUGAGAAAUAAUCAAAAAAGAAAAGAAAAGAAAGUCAUGUUAAAUUUUAUCCAAAUGGGUUGAAAGGCAGUGAAAUAGAAAUGAGAGUUUAGCCCACUUUGAGCCGAUUUCUCUCUGAGUGUGAACACAUGAGGGUUUUCCAUCCUGUCAUAGCAUUAGUGCAGAAAGAGACGCGUUGUCAGUUCAGCAGUUUCAUGAAAGACUUCCUUUCAGCUGGUUCUGUGGUCAUUCUGUUUGGCUAAUUAACAAAACCCCACUCCAAGUCUCUUAGCAUGCAGAGGCUGUGCUCUUAGGCUCAACACUGCAUCUGUUUGUGCUUAAGCUUUGACUAAGCGUGCAGGAAUUUGAUAUUAGUCAAAUCCAUCAUAUCCUCUUAUUUUAUUGACUAAGUUGGCGUGCAAAUGUUGCUGAAGUUUGCACAGUUUAGUCAUGGAAAAAGGGAGAGGAAAUCAUUUUUUUCUCUUUAAAUGUGAAUGUCUUUUUCGGAAUCCCCCUGAGAGAGUGACUCACGCAGUUUGUCUUGAAUUGUCAGAAAAUACAUCUACGAUAAACUUUGUGCAUAUGACAGAUCAAACUCUGCAGAUGGCCUCAUAAUUAUAGUCUAAGUGGGACUUAUACUCCUGCAGUGACAUUUUUUGUGAAUGAACAGCUCACCCUAAAGCCCACGACCUGACCACCAAAUGUUAUGUUUGUGCAGUCUGGUUGUCUACUCCCUGACAUUUUCUAUAUUUGUGUCAGUCAGACGUCAUAGGCUGGGCGGGUGUGGAAGAGCUGAAAGUAGAGCCAAACGGCUGUCCCAUUUAUUAGUUUCUGUGAAUGACCAAACAUACUUUUAGUUUGUAUUUUCAGUUACAGUUAAAAGUUACUGAUCAUUCAAGUACAGCUGUGGGAGAAGACCCAGUUGUCCAUGAUGUCAGUGUUGGCAAACAAGUGGAAAAUAAUCCCUGAGAAAAUCAGUCAAGCUGUUUUACGGUCUGUCUCCUGAUUGGAUCAUUUAUGGUUUUGACACAGACAUACAGUUAUUCGUUUCUGAAGUGUGACCAAUCCUCUUAGUGCUAACUGGAACAAGAAUUAAACAGACCCAUGUGGUCUCACGUCAACAUGUCAUUUGCUUUACCCCUAAAGUCCAGAACAAGUCUUUAUGUGAGUAAGACAAGAAAACAAGACUGGAAGAAAGUUCGUUUUAAAGUUUAGAGUUAAUUUUUAUUUUUCAGUAUCACUCAUGGUCAGUUCACUGCUUUAUCAGCUUUGAUAGGCCACAUAAUAACACGUGUUCAUAAAUUAUAUCACAAUAGACAUGUAGAUUCACAGAGUGCCAGAGGAAAACUGGUUAAAAUACAAAAAGAAGUAAUUUCCAAACGGUUUGAUGCAACACUGACUUGUAUUUAUUGUCAAAAGGAAGAGAUCAGAUAUGAGGCAUGGUCAGCUUUACACUAGUCAUCAGUUAGGAUAUUUGAUUAUUUUAUUGGCAGCUAAGCAUGUGGAAAUCCUGACCUCUUCAGAGUGUCAAUGGCUGAAAAAAUAAUUGAACCAUUUAAAAAGUGUAUUAGAUUAUUUACAUGACCUUAUGCCAUGCUCUCUUUGGUAAAACCCAAACACAAAUUUUAAAAUGAAUAAAUACUAAAAAUAUUAGUCAGAGAACUCCCUGGGACUACAGCCCCAACCAUGUGCUGUUGGGUCCUCUCCCCUCUCUCUCACCCUAUCCAAUCAAUAAAAGGCAAAAAUUGCCCCAAAAAUACUAAAAAAGAAAUAAAAAAGACACCUUUGAACUAGAUGCACAAACUAUUAUAUGCGACAGGACACUGCUGGUGGUCUUUCCAACCAUGUAAGUAAAAAUAGUUUGUUUAUAUAGCGCUUUUCACCGACAGGUCCACCUCAUGCACAUAAACCACCUGUUAUAUAAUCACAUAUGUAUAUAUUUUUUUCUCUCUCAACAUUCCUCUGCACUCCUUCCCAUUGCACCGCUGUCUAAAACAGUCUCGUAUAGAUCAUCUAAAUGUCUAAGUUUGUACAUAUUUGUGUCAUAUUUCAUGUUAAGUGUUUGUAUAUAAAGACUUAAGUCUACCAGAGUCAAUUUACUUGUAUGUGUACACAUACUUGGCCAAUAGAGCUGAUGCUGAUUCUACAAAAGUCACAGAGUGCUUGUCACAGAUGAAACAUACAGAAAAGGGAAGAAGGUUAAACAUUUUGGGCGAGUAAUAAGUGUCAUUGCUAUAUGAGCCAGAGAUUUACAUGUUCAAGAAUUUGAGAAACACUCCUCAUAUACAAUACUGGGAACAAAUUCUUAUGGUGGACCGAAAGAAGAGGGAUGAUUUACCACAUUUCUAACUGAAUAGGAGUGUUGUUACAUAGAUUUUUUUAAGUUGUGUUUUGGGGCAUCGUUGCCUUGAGAAGAUAGGGCAGCUAAAGAAAGACAGGAAAUGUAGGGAGUAGAGAGCUGGGUAAAACAUGUAACAAAGGGUCAUGGCCAGGAAUAGAAUCAGCUUCCACGAGUACUACAGCCUCUUUAAGUGAGGCACGUAGACUGUGAAGGCCAGUCUGACACAUUUUUAAAAGCAGAGCCUACAGUUCUGCAGAGUGCAGGGAUGCUGGGAGAGCAGUGAUUUGCUGCUGUAGUCUGGAAAGCUCUGUCACCACGAGUCCUGCGGUGUGCACCUGAAGCAGAAACUAAGUGUAACGUACUUGAUCCGAGGGGACAAGCUGCCUGGUGAGGGUAAAUGAGUUCAAACAGGUAUUCUGAGGCCUGAGUGUAGAGAUCUAUAAGUAAGUGUUAGAAUUUUAAUCUGGAUUUUAAAGCAACAGGCAGUCAGUGAAGGGAUUUAAGCACAGGGGUGAUAUGAGUGUUUGUUUUCACCUUGUUUAUACUCUGGCUGCAGCAUUUUCAUCAACCAGUUACCUUCAGUCACCUGCUAUACCCCGCCUGACUCAGAACCCAAAAGCUUAAAGAAAAAAAAUACUAUAAAUGAGGCUGGUCAUGAUAUUUGAUCUGUGAAUUAUAAAUUCUGAGUUGUGACAAGGUUAUAGUUUUUAAUUUAUCAAUUUAUUUAUUUAUUCUGGAUCAGUCCAUGAAAACAUUUUGGUCUCCCUGGUUGAUUUGAGGCUGUAUGCUGCUCUUUUCAGACUUUUAAAACACACUGUGCAAGCCUGCCACCGUGUGGAGAAAACUAGGUACUGCAUUAGCAGUAGGUAUAGGAGAACAACCUGCUUUGUUGCCAUGGUUACCCUGGAGCGUAACAAGACUUUGAUCAGCAACAUUUUUUUCCAUGAUUUUCCCUUUCUGAUCCACACAGACUUGGUUUGUGAGCUUGCUGAAAAUCCUCAAGUUUCCUCUGCAACAUUUUAACAAAAUAUUAAAAUCAGACAUGAUAUUUGACCUUUCAUCUGCUGUGAACAAAGUGGCUGCAAGCAUCAACCCUUCCCAAACAGCCUUAAAAGUUGUUUCCUCUGAGAAGUUGCUAAGUAGGUGUGCAGAUCAUCAGCACCACACAGUAAGUUGUCACCUUUAUUUUUCAGAUGUGAAUGACUGUGUCGAUCAGCCCUGUAAGAAUGGAGGGAUGUGUCGAGAUCUUGAUGGAGACUACACCUGCCAGUGCCUCUCACCAUAUGUUGGAAAGCAGUGCCAGCUACGUAUGUUUACUAUCAAAUACACACACACACUACAAUGAACUUUAACUUUGGUUUUGACAAAAAGAAGUACUAUAAUUUAUGUUGAUUAGAUGAUUAAAAAAGGUUUACCAACAUGACAACACUCUCAAACAGAAGCCCUAAAAGUGCACACUUUGUCUUUCAGGUUGCAUCUCUCUAUUGGGAAUGGAGGGAGGAGCCAUCGUGGAGUCCCAGAUCACAUCCUCUUCUGUGCACUAUGGCAUUCUGGGUCUUCAGCGGUGGGGUCCAGAGCUGGCACGACUAAACAACCAAGGCAUCGUCAACGCCUGGACGUCCGCUGCUUAUGACAAAAACCCCUGGAUUGAGGUGAGAGGAGUGAACUCUUAAGAAGUAGAGAAGCGAUCUGUGUAAGUGGCUCGGAGCUGAUUUAACUUACUUCCUUUCAACAACAGGUUAAUAUGCAGAAGACAAUGCGCCUGACAGGCAUCAUCACUCAGGGUGCCAGUCGUAUGGGCACUGCUGAGUACAUCAAAGCCUUCAAGGUGGCGAGCAGCUUCGAUGGAAAACUUUACACCACUUACAAAGCGGAUGGCCAACGCAGAGACAAGGUUAGAGGACUCCUCAUGUUUUGUGCUCUUUAACCAGAUUCAUCUCAAACAGUAGAUUUUAAUUUCUUUUAUUUCUGUGCUUCAGGUUUUUGUGGCCAACAUUGAUAAUGAGAGCACAAAGACGAACCUUUUUGACCCUCCAAUCGUGGCUCAGUACAUCCGAAUCAUUCCUGUGGUUUGCCGCAAAGCUUGCACGCUGCGAAUGGAGCUGGUUGGCUGUGAACUCAAUGGUAAACACACAGAAAACAUAUACUACAGUUUUGAUCGGGCAUGGCUGCUCAGGAGAAACUUGACAGACAAAAGUUAAAAUCAGAUCAAGGCGAAGUCUCAGUGAACUCCUGUUUCUGUCCAGUGGUUGAAACUAUACGAGUAAAUUCCUGGAGCGUCUAUAAGAGUGGAAAUUCUCUUUUUUAAUGUUUCCUCUGUUUUAUUGUUUUAAUGUCUUGUUUCCAUUUUUCUGCGGUUAUCCUGACAAACAUGAUGACGGGGUAAAAGAGUUCAUCUACAUAACACGGCCUCCAUCUCUCUGUGGUUAGAGAGAAAAUGUGUAGUAUAAACGGUGUUUGUGGGUAAACUCAAACAUGCAACGAUAAAGCGAGAAUUCCAAGUGUGAGCAGAGGCAGAAACACGUGUAACUCUUUAUUCUUUAAUCCUUGGUCUCUUUGAACAUACAGGCAACAAUAUUUACAGACAAACACGAUGACUGAACACAAGCUGCAUGUAAAUCUCUCUGCUGAGUGCAUUCUGCUUCUCUCUGUUCCCUCCUGGUCCCUUUGGCUGUAAAAAUCAUUUUAAUCAGUCUCUUCUUUCUGGGUAAAUGUAUGUCUUCAGAGGGGAUGAAGUUUGACCUUAAUUUGUCUGUUCUUUGGGUGUAAUCAUUUUCUUUCUCUCUUCCUCUGUCGCUUGUGGUUUCCCUCCCUCCUCCGCCUUCCCGUUUGUCCCUGGAUUCACAGUUUAUUCAAACACGGCAGGUUGCUCAGCCUCCCUGGGAAUGAAGUCUCGCCUCAUCUCAGACGGGCAGCUCACAGCCUCCAGCACUUACCGCACGUGGGGCAUCGACUCCUUCACGUGGCACCCUCAGUUUGCCCGUCUGGACAAACAGGGGAAGACAAAUGCCUGGUCUCCUGCUCGCAGCAACCGAUCCGAGUGGAUUCAGGUAUCUCAGCUGCAAGACCUUAUCAUCUUAGAAAAAUAUCCCCUAUAAACCAGCAGGUGAUUCAGAUCUUUACCGUUUAAAUGUUGUCUUCAACAGGUCGAUCUGGAGAAGACAAAGCGCCUCACAGGCAUCAUCACCCAGGGGGCCAAAGACUUUGGUGUGGUGCAGUUUGUGUCUGUGUUUAAAGUUGCUUACAGUAACGAUGGAGAGUCUUGGAGAACGGUGAAGGAGCCUGACACUGGAAAUGAUAAGGUAAUACAGAAGACGUCUUUUUGUCUGAGAUAUUUUUGCGUAAAAACACUGAAAGUCUUUAAAUAGAGUCAACAGGUUCAUGACACAGGGAUGUUGGGCUGUUGUGCGGAUUCUCUUGACAUCUGGUUGGGCUGCUCGAAUCUAAUCAACCCUUUUUUUUCUAGCUUUUCCAAGGCAACCUCGAUAACAACACUCACAGGAAGAAUCUAUUUGAGCCUCCAUUUUACGCCCGAUUUGUCAGAGUCAUCCCCUGGGAGUGGCACGAACGCAUCACUUUACGUAUGGAGCUGCUGGGCUGCGAUGAUUAGAAACUCAUCAUCCGUCUAACCAUACUCCAUCCUCGCUCGCCAUGUCUUCAAACCACAGCAGAGGAGCAGAUAUUGAGCAGGGUCGUCUGCUCUCACCUUUGGUUGUUUCUCUGUUGGCUGCUGGGACUGUUAACACUUUUAGCACUUUUUAAUGUGUGACUUUUUAUGAUGAUGAUGUUGUUAGAAUUUUCUGAAUGAUCAGAAGAUUUCAACUUUAACUGCUUCAGACAUAAACAAAACUUUAUAUAUGUAGAUAUAAUCCUGAUGCAUAAUCUUUGUGUUUUCAAAUUUGAUUUCAGGUUCUCUUAAAUCUGUUGACUUGAUAAUUGUAGGUUUUUGCUGUCCUUUUUUACAGUCCCACAUCAGUUAACUCCCUGAAUUUAUUGUAUUUUAACAGCAUGAAGAGGACAAACGUUAAAAACUAAAAGACCCAUUAAACAUCUUUCUUUGCACAUUGUAACUGCUUGCAUAGUUACACUCGGCCUGGCAGUUUUAGAGAUUUUUUUUUGCAAAAUUGUGUUUUUCUACUAAUUUAAAGUAGGUUUUAAGCUUCACCCUAAAAUUUCAUCAUUUUCAACAAAUGUGAAUAGAAGUAUUUGUAGGAAAAAACAUUUUUUUUAUCAUUGUUGGUCUUGAACUAUGAUCAUUAAUUAAAUGUUAAAAUAAACAACUAAGUGUGUUUUUUGUGAAUGAAGUCUGUAAAGCCUUUGGAUGAGCUGUCAUAUAUGACAGAUACCAAUUACAUAAUGGUUUGUUUCCACUGCAGGACAUAGGAACUAAUCUGGUCAGAAUAAAGAGGACAUUUCCUUAUUUUUUCAGCACCUGAAUCUGAAGUUAUUUUUAAGCACUGCUUUCCAAAUCCAACAUGAAGAUGCAGAGGGAUUUGAGUUCAAACUGAAGCUUUCACACUGGAAUUCAAAUUUUUUGACGAUGAACCUGCUGCCAGUUACUGUUUUAUUUUCUGCACAAACCUUCCCAACCACAUGUUGAUGUUGCGGGCUGUCUCCACUCUGGAUGUCCUGACUUUGGUCAGCUGUUUACAAAAGUAACAACAUCCUUCCAGCAUCUCCUGUCCUUGCUGAACUCACAGUCCUGAUCUGUUUUGACCCUUGGCCUGGUGAGAGGUUUCAUUCGUGAAAUGUGCUGGUCCAUGGCUGCUGUAUGUGGAUGGGCAUCACAUGCAUGUCUCCUAAAAAGGCAGCUCAUUGUAAAAGGAGAUUUCUGUCUUUGUCCACACAUCCUGAACUACAGAAUACGUACAGAAAAUAAACUAAUCUUCAUUAAGAAGACUGUGAAAGACAUAAAAAUACAGAAAGAGAAAACAUCGGUCUCAGCAGGAGUUUUAUUUGAACAAAGGUAAACUCAAAUACAUUUCAAGCUUACAAACUGCUGUUUUUUUAAUAACUUGGAAUACAUAAUCUCAAAAAUAAAAUGUAUAAAAAA